ACAAUCUCAUCAUACCAAAAUCAUCAUACCAACAAUCCCAUCAUACCUAAAAGGCUAAAACAGUCUGUUUUUUUACGAUGAUUUUAUAACUUGAUAUCGUGACCUUUCCUAAAUGUGAAAUGCGGCAUCGAUGGAUAAUUAUUGCUGUCGACUGCAGUACGCUGCAGUAGCGUCACUUUGGACUUAUUUUGUGCUUUCCAUGGCCAGCACCUCAGUGUCCGCUUGUCCGACGGCUGUACCAAAGGCCUGCCGUAGUAGCACUUGUUACUACAGCAUCGCCACCUGUACGUGCAUUUACGGCCUUGCUGCAUGGACCUCUUAAAGUUUGCACUGUGCCUCAUGAUUAUUGGACAGAAUCGUUCAGGAAGCCACCUACAACCCAGCCAGCGAGAAGAUCCAUCUAGUGUUUGAGCGAGGAAUACCGAGUGCCAUGCGCAGCCUCGUCCAAGUGGUCCGUGUCGACUCCGGUGACAGUGCCUCCUUCCCAUGCGCCGUGCUGAAUGUCACCUACAGCACUCCGCUGCAACUUCCGGACGUCUUCUGGAUGCACAACCAACGCCCGCUGGCGUUGCUGAGCAGGGAGCACCUCAUUCACGAGGGCAUCCUCGACCUCCAGCAUUCCGUACAAUCCCGUCCGUCGUCGACAUCCGUCUACGCUGACACCACUGUAACGUUAACCAUGAAAAAUGUCUCGUGGAAUGUCCGCGGUAACGUGACCUGUUCCCAACCCUGUCUCGCGCCUUUUGCCACGCUGCCCGCUGUGCUGAAACCCGGCGACGUACCUUUCUGCUCCAACGAGUACCAGUACUUCCACCUGCUGGUCUUUCCUUCCGCCAGCGAGCUCUUCCGAUGCCGCUGGUUAAUGUGAGCGUGCGCCGCGGAGCGGAUGCCCAUAUGAACUGCGUCACCAACCGCCUGCAGGCUACUGAGAAGACCCCGGCCUUUAUUUGGCGCUUCAACGGCCACGUCAUCGCCGCUCCGGCCGACCACCCGCUGCAGGCUCUGGCCAGAGCCGUGGUGGAUCGUCGCGGCGGUUCCGUAGCAGCGGAGCGCUUCCCGUUGCGGGGUAUUUCAACAGCCAAUCAGUUGACGUUCGGCGUUUCCGUCAGCAGCACGGCGACCACGGUCACCAGCGCGCUCUCCAUCAGCAGCGUGGAUUUGCACACGUCGGCGCGUGUCGAAUGCUGGGUGCGGCUCGAGGAGAGCCAGGAGGUGUGGCGCCGGCAGAUCGCCUACCUGGAUGUUAUCACCACUCCGGCCGUUUGAUCUCUCUUUUCUGGAUGACAGUUAAAAGCUGUCAAUUUGAAGAGCGGCUUACUGCGGUGUUGCGUGGCAAGUACGAGUAUUGUAUGCACUUGCAUAGAUAACUGUAUUCUAUUUACGUCUUAGAUGGUAUGCAAUCAACAUUUUUGUCGGCAAACUUAACGAACUGAACGUUUAACGAAUGCCGCCAACGGGUGCAGCCGCCAUUAUGGCAACUUUUCUUGCCGGUGUCUGGCCAGUGCUGAACAAGCUGCCUAGCGUGCGCUGCAAGAUUAGGCCACCGGAAAAACUGAUGGUGAGAAGGCAGAGUCACGUGGCCUGGCUGAUGGUCCCCGUCAGCGUCAGCAUGUUCCACGCGCGCGUACGGUAACGCUGCUGCAUGUGCUGUUUCCAGUCUCUGUUGAGGUCUUUGCAGCGAAACCGAUGACCUUUUGAAGCUGAUAUGUCCUUUAUGUAAUCUGCUGGAGACCUGUUGGUAGUUUCUGUGUUUUUACGCAUGCAUGCUGCUGCAGCAAUUCCGCCGGUACCACGCUACCGCUUGUCGAGGCGCACUGGCAGUCUGGCGCAGCCUUGGUGUAACCGCUAAGAUAUUGUUGUUAGAGCAUCCAGCCGUAAA